AAUAAUAAUAAUAAUAAUAAUAAUAAUAAUAAUAAUAAUAAUAAUAAUAAUAAUAAUAAUAAUAAUAAUAAUAAUAAUAAUAAUAAUAAUAAUAAUAAUAAUAAUAAUAAUAAUAAUAAUAAUAAUAGAGCACUCAAAAACACGUCCUUACACAAUAAUAAUAAUAAUAAUAAUAAUAAUAAUAAUAAUAAUAAUAAUAAUAAUAAUAAUAAUAAUAAUAAUAAUAAUAAUAAUAAUAAUAAUAAUAAUAAUAAUAAUAAUAAUAAUAAUAAUAAUAAUAAUAAUAAUAAUAAUAAUAAUAAUAAUAAUAAUAAUAAUAAUAAUAAUAAUAAUAAUAAUAAUAAUAAUAAUAAUAAUAAUAAUAAUAAUAAUAAUAAUAAUAAUAAUAAUAAUAAUAAUAAUAAUAAUAAUAAUAAUAAUAAUAAUAAUAAUAAUAAUAAUAAUAAUAAUAAUAAUAAUAAUAAUAAUAAUAAUAAUAAUAAUAAUAAUAAUAAUAAUAAUAAUAAUAAUAAUAAUAAUAAUAAUAAUAAUAAUAAUAAUAAUAAUAAUAAUAAUAAUAAUAAUAAUAAUAAUAAUAAUAAUAAUAAUAAUAAACGCCCACGGUGCAUGUUGUGCGGCCAGCGGAGAUUUUGA